UGCCCCCCCGAUCCCGCCUUCGCCACAGAAACCUCCUUCGACUUCACCCGCACCUCCUGGGACGACGACCAAUUCACCUCCUUCUGGACCGCGGACUCGUCCACCAUCAAGGACAAGCGCCAGCUCGCCCUCGACAACACCGAAGGCAAGGGCGCUGCCUUCAUCGUCUGGCAGGACGGCCAGGCGCCCACCCUGACCAGCACCAAGUACCUCCUCUUUGGCAAGGUCAGCGUCCAGGCCCAGGCCGCCAAGGGGCCCGGCCUCAUCACCGCCAUUGUCCUCAAGUCGGAUUCUGGAGACGAGAUUGACUGGGAACUCCUCGGCGCCUACGAAAACCAAGCACAGACAAACUACUUCUACGACGGCCAGCCACUCUUCAACACCUACAACACAACCCACCACCUCGACACCUCCUCCUUCUCUCAACCCCAUACAUACGCCAUCGAAUGGACCCCCGCCAGCCUCACCUUUUCCAUCGACGGCGUCGUCCGCAAGACCUGGCACAACCCCAGUGACGACUCCGACUCCGACUCCGACUCCGACUCCGUCAUCCCAGCGUCCAAAUGGCCACAGACUCCCAUGCAAAUCAAGCUCGGCAUCUGGUCCGUCUCCAACGCAAGCGACCCCGGCACCAUCUCCUGGGCCGGCGGCCUGCCCGACUGGUCCGGGGCC